AAAUUGUUUAUUUACAUUUUUUGGCGGCUUUUCAGCAAAAAGGAAAAAUAAAGUAAUAGAAAAGUUUUUGCUGUCGAUAAUAGAAAUAUAAAAUGGAACCUUGUGUUAUAGAAUUUAUAGGAGAAAAAUCUACAAUUGGUGUCAUACCAAAUUUUUCAUUCGAACCUUUGCAUUUGAUAUCGGGAAGUGUAGGGCCAUUUCGUGCCGGUAUGCCAGUGCAUGUACCACUCUGGCUGGGCAUCCAUUUAAGAAAACAACAAAAAUGUCGUAUUGUGCCACCCGAAUGGAUGGACAUGGAUCUAUUGGAGGAAAUUAAAGAAGAAGAAAAGAGAUCCAAAUUUUUUACAAAAAUGCCCAGUGAACAUUAUAUGAUAGAAGCUCAAUUAAUUAUGAGUACUGCUCCCGAUGAUGUUCCCAGAUGUGAGGAAAUACGUACAGUUAUCAAGGAUAUAUUCGAUAUACGCGAAUCGAAAUUACGCACUUCCAUUGAUGCCUUUAUCAAGGGCGAGGGUACUUAUGCAAAAUUGGAUAAUUUAACUCUGUUGGAAAUGCAUAGUGUUCGUCCGAUUUUGCCUCACUCCCUAGAUCACAUUGCACGCUAUCAACGUACAGCAGUGGCCACACAACGUGACACUUCCUCAUUGUUGGGCAUGAAUUCGAGUUCAAUGAAUUCUAGUUCAUUUUAUACACAGUAAAAAAUUAGUGUUAAUUAGUUCUUAAGAUUUUUAAAUUUAUUUUUAAAAGUUUAUAUACUGAAGUAGAUAUUAAUAAAUUUGAAAUACAUAUAUUUGAAAUAAGAUCCCGAUAUUGGAAUAACAUUUCGGUUAGUAUUUGGGUAAAAUUUGAAUAUGA